AUGUCGGAUCCUGUUCUUCACAAUCCCCCAGCCAUCCGCGAUGCGAAGAGUCAAAAAGUCAAGUGCGGAGAGGAGAAGCCUGAUUGUAACCGGUGUACCCGUCUAGGUGUUCGCUGUCCUGGGUAUGUCCAGUCCUUACGCUGGGUGACCAAACAUGAACAACCCAGUCCGGGCGCAUUAUCAGAUGGCAGAGUCGAGAGUCCAGAGGCGUCGGUAAAACCGCCUAGACCAUCACCGCAGCAGACAGAUAAUGCGUUGCCAUUAGAUGACAAUAAUGCCGGGGCAUCACAGGGCCUGGAUCCAUCAAGUUUUGGUCUUGAUGCACCAAAUGGACUUUGCGAUCAUCUCUGGGAUCUUCCUGGUAGUGGGUCACUGCCUGAAUUGACGGAUCUAUGCCCGCCUUCACCGAUGACGGCGUCGGUGUCGGCCUUUUCGCAGCAUCGCGACUCGGUAUAUGACUUUGGAUCAUCGGGGGAUACUGCAGCUGAUAUAUCCCGUUUUCUGUCCUUGAUUGGACCACCACAGGCCGAAGAGAACGGCGGCAGUGGUGGUAACAACUGCAGCGUAUAUCGAGACUUUUCGCCUUCUACUAUCGUCCGCAGCUACCCACCGUCAUCGCAGGCACAACGAUCCUCUUCGCGUGACUUUGCAACUAUAUCUCGAUCAUUGAACAACCCCUCAUGGACACUCAUUGAGUACUACUUCAAAGAGGUCGCCGCCCUAUUUUCCAGUUAUGACAGCCAGAUGAAUCCGUUCCGCACGACCGUGUCCCGCCUCUGGGGAUCAUCACUAGCCAUGUGCCGUACAAUGCAAAGCAUGGCCGCAGCAACGCUGGUUAAUGACUUCCCACAGUUCGGCCCGAUGGGUCGGAAAAUGCGUGACGAAGCUGUUGAAAUUAUCACUCGCGAGGCAGUCAUGGAUGACAAGGCUCUGUUAGCAUUACUCAUGCUGGGCCAGACAGCUAGCUGGCAUGACCCCAAGGAUCUGGGAAUAUCAUUCUUCAAUCUGCUCCGCAAGCAGGUCAACUCUCUCGCCUCAUCGUCGAAUGCUCCAAACUUUGGCUUCGCCAAGAGCGUCAGCAACAACUACCGCUUUUUCGAAGAGGCUCUUAUAUACUGGGAGAUGCUACUCUCGUUCGUCACGGACAAUGACUCAAUGGUAUUUUCGGAUGACUCGCGCGCCUCGUCCAUGGGCGAAGCACUCGUCCUCCAGCGAAUCCCACAUCCAUGGACCGGUAUCGCGCGAGACACGCAAUUCACUGUCCACGAAGUGGGCCGAUUAGUCCGCCGCGAGCGCAAACGCAUUCGCGCGCGACAAUUCACCUCACAGGAAGAAAUCGCCCGCGCCCGGAUGGCCAUUAAAAAGGCGCAAGAACUGGAAGAAAGACUCCUAGGCCUGGCGCAUCCCUCCGAAGCCGAGAUCGUCAGUCCCGGCGAUGAAGAAACCCCCGUUUGGCAUCUUCUCACUAUGGCCGAGGUAUACCGCUGCACGGGACUGAUGCAGCUAUACCGCGUCUUCCCAGAUCUCCUACGUAACCGUCUCCCACAUCCAGAGACAAGGGAGUACCCCGGAUCGACAUCUUCAACCGCUCGAGACCCAUUCUUCCCCAUCGACCUCGACAGCAUGAACAUGUUCCCCGGAUUGGCCGAAACCAGUUCCAAUCCUGGAUCAAGCAAUACCACCAAUCAACCAAACACUCAAUACACCCCGUCCUCCCCUCCACAAAAUACCUACCCAUCCUCUCAUUCCCAGUCCAAUCCCACAUCCACAGAAGACUUCAACCCAGAUCUACACGAUAAAUGGCUCACCGAAUUCGCCGUAACAACCCUCUCCCGCCUAAAAACCAUCCCCAUCGAAUCCCGCACCCGCUGCCUCCAACCAUUCCUCCUCGUCGCCUCCUGCAGCGAACUCCGUCUUCCAAAAUCAACAUCAGAGCCCCUACCCGCCGGCGACGCUGACGGACCGGGCUCCGAAACACCGAGUAUCUCGAUGGAAGCGAUUGAAGUCUCGCGCACGCGGCGCUUCAUCCUGGGCCGUUUAACGUCUUUCUUGCACGUGUUGCCGCCGAAGCCGAUUAAUGUUUGUGUGAGGCUUGUCAAGGAGGUGUGGAGGCGGAUGGAUGCGGGGCAGGCGGAUACGUAUUGGAUUGAUGUUAUGAUUGAGAAGGGGUGGGAGACGACGAUGGGGUAG